UUAAAAGUCGGUACGUUUUAAACACUAUUCCGCCAUUCAAGAAAUGGAUUACUGUGUUCCAGGUAUUAUUAUUCAGCUGUGUGUUAUGUAUUCGGCGAACAAAAUUAAUUUAUUUAAAUUGUCUUUCAAUUAUAACGUAUUUUCAAACCUUUCAUAAGUAAUUUUGUACUUGAGGUUAAUCCUUCAGUUAUUCUUUUUACACUACGUUACAUAAUUUAUCAAUACUAUGAUUUAUCUACUUAAAUAAAAGUUUUUAAUUAAAACUUUAUAAGCACGUGAACAAUAUAAAUGACAAUGGAAGAAGUGCGGGAAACUAUUGAUAUUGAUAAAAUUGAUUUGAGUAAUAAUUUAGUAUUUAUUGAAGAACAUCACAAUGCCGAUGCAAAUUUCGUACUUCAUGCAAUUAUAUCACAUUGUAGGGAUAAAAAUCAUGGUAUCUGCUUUGUUUUAUUUCACAAUACAUUUUCACACUUUUAUAAUGUUGGAAUGAAACUUGGAUAUAACCUUAAUCAACUGCAAGGUUCAAAUACCAGAAUAGUCGAACCGCUUAAUAUUAUAUACAAAAAUAUUCAAAAUGAGAAUAAUGCAUAUUGUACCAAUAAUAAAGCACCAGAAUUUAAUAUAAAAAAUAAAAGAAUUAGAUUGAUGAUAUGAGUCACUUGUUUGAUAUUGGCCUAAAUAUCGAAGAUGUUUGGCUUUUUAUUAGAUAUAUAAGAUCAUUU